GCUGUUUGUAGCCCGCAACAUUCCAACACCAGACAGCAGCACCCGCAAACACUGCCCUCUACGCACACCUGACCAUUACAAUGAGUUCUCCAAUUCAAAAGGACGCAUUCUGGGGCCCGCCAACGUCCCAUGCAAAUUUCUGCGAAGAGGAUUAUACCAUAACCCGCUACAUCGCCGAAUUCAUCAACACCCUGACCAACCUCACCUACAUUCUCUACGCCAUCCACGGCCUCCGCCAUCUCCCCCACCACCUCUCUCCCUCACUUUCGCGCCGUAUUCCAUACUACGGCCUCAUCGGCGUAGGCCUCUGCUCCGCCGGGUUCCACCUGAGCCUCAAGUAUCACACGCAGAUGAUGGACGACCUCUCCAUGCUCCUCACCACCACCCCGCUCCUCCACCGCGUGCUGACGGUCAACACCAGCGCACAGACCUCGUCGCGCGUGGCGCUGGCGCUGGGAGUCGCGCUGCUGGGCCUCGCGGCCGUGCACGUAGUGACGGACGAGCUGGUCCUCCACGCAGUGGGCUUCGUGGGCAGUGUGACGGUCAUCGGGGUGCGGACGAUGCAGUUGAUCCAGCAGCGGACGAGCCGGGGGUCCGUUGCAAGGAAGGAGUUGUGGGCGUUGGUGCGGUUUGGGGCUGUGAUAUUCAAUGUGGGGUAUGUCGUCUGGCUGGUGGAUGGGUGGGCGUGUUCGGUUUUGCGGAGGUGGAGGGCGGCGGUGGGGGUGCCGUGGGCGUUUGGGUUGGAGUUACAUGGGUGGUGAGUCACUUCCCUCAUUGUCUAUCCCGCAGAUACGAGUGGGUUUGCGUGAUGGGGGUUGAUGCUAAGCAUGGCGGUGUUUAGGUGGCAUAUCUUCACCGGGGUGGGCGCUUACACCUUCAUUGCGGUGAUUGACCACCUCGUCUCUGACGCGGA